CCGACCAGUGAUGUGAAUUGAAAGUCACAGGUUGACUUCAACGGUAGCCAGCAGCCAGCUGACUCUAUAAAAGAAAAGCAGAAAAGCGGCUGGCCAGUGCUUCUGUGACGCUCGCGCCGACCAGUGAUGUGAAUUGAAAGUCACAAGUUGACUCCAACGGUAGCCAGCAGCCAGCAGCCAGCUGUCUCUUUAAAAGAAAAGCAGACAAAGCGGCUUUCCAGUGCUUCUGUGACGCUCACGCACACCAGUGUUGUGAAUUGAAAGUCACAGGUUGACGUCAAGGGUAGCUAGUAGCCAGCUGGCUCUAUAAAAGAAAAGCAGGCAACGCAGGUCGAACAUCAUACAGAAUUCAAUUUGCACCUUCUCUAUACUUUACUUUUUCGCUGCGGCAUUCUCAAAUUCCACUACAAUGUUGUUUUCAGCUUCAAUGUCAAUGCCACUGACACAACGACUGACUGAUGAUUGCGUGCACAUGCGCUCUUUUAAUUACAUAGUACAGCGUAAUUUGCCAAGAAAUACUCAAAGUUCUCCAAUAAAUAUACAAGCUUGCAUGUGUUAUUUUAUAGAACUUUAAAUUAAUUUGAAGCUCUUCAAGACUUUUUUAAUUCAAAAGCUAACGUUACAUUUAACAACAGCUCUUUUCCAGCGUCUAUAUACACCCAUAUGAAUGCAGUCCGAUAAGUACUUAACCUACAAAAGAACAGAGAAAAUAAUAAAAAAAAAUAUCAAUUUAUUUCUGAACAUCCUUUUACUUCGAAAAGCUUGACCGAGCGUACUUCACGGACAGCCCUCGUAUUCAUAUGUUUAUUUACGUAGUAUGGAAAAUUUUAAUUAAUACAAGACAAUUUGAAAAAUUAAAGUAAUUGCUACAAUUUAGACUGUAUAUAUCAUAAUAUAUAACAAAUAAACGCAACCCGAAAACGUCAUAAACUUAAUUACCGUUCCGUCGUUUACGUUAAGUUAAAUUGUUGCGUUUUCUAAGCAAACUGAUCAAGUUGAUUGCACGAAAACACUACAUAUAUCGAAGGUUUCAGAUUACAUUCUUAAUAUAUAUAUGUAUGUAUAUAUAAUACUGAAAUAUGUUAAAAACUCAUAUUUAGGUAAUAUUAUUAUAAAAUCAAUCAGAGGUACAGAAAUCCGGGUAGUAGGUGUCAUAUAGUUCGGAUGUAUUUCAUCCAUGGACUGAAAAACAAUAACAGAAUGUUUUUCUGACAAAAAAAAAAUUUGCUUUGACCAAAAGACUGUUAAUUCGGCACCCUCCCUAAAAUUAAUUCACUAAUUUUCAUGUCAUAUCAAUGAACUUAACUCGCUUUAAACAAUAUUUCGCGGAUAGUUACUAAUAAGACUUUAGGCUCUAAGCUAAAAACUUUAAGCCAUCUUAAUAUCCUAUACUUAUAUAUAUUUAAUAUACAUUUAUAUAUUUAAUAUAUUUAAAAGAGCUAGCAAAAUCCGAUCCGCCCUAUUAGUUUUAUACACCCUGUGUUUAAGAAUUCGCAUUUAUAAUGAUAAUGAAACACUGGAUUCGCAAUUUGUGCAAAUAGUUGGCACCAUUUUUAGUUUGACAGAAAUGGUCGCCAGUAUUUUCAGUUUUCCACCGAAUAGACAUUAAAAAUAGAAGAAUUGUGCGAAAACUGUAUUUAAUAUACUACUUGUUGUAGAAAGUCUCUAAAUAAAGGUGUAAUACUGUAAGGAACAAAUAUUAAUUAAAACUUAAGCUAAACUAUUAAUUUAGUGUGGUUGUGAGUGUCAUUGUCGAAAUGGAAGCUCUUAUUCCGGUUAUAAAUAAAUUGCAAGAUGUUUUCAACACAGUAGGAUCGGAUUCUAUACAAUUGCCUCAAAUUGUAGUACUUGGAAGUCAGAGUUCCGGCAAAAGUUCAGUUAUAGAGAGUUUGGUGGGACGCUCUUUUCUACCUCGUGGUACAGGUAUAGUGACGCGUCGCCCACUUAUUUUACAGCUGAUUCACUGUCCUCUCGAUGAUAGGGAACACCGUUCGGCUGAAAAUGGAACAAUUAAUGCAGAAGAGUGGGGUAAAUUCUUGCACACCAAGAAAAUUUUUACAGAUUUCAAUCAAAUUCGCAACGAAAUUGAAGAAGAGACUGAUCGUGCUGCUGGCUCCAACAAAGGCAUUUGUCCUGAACCAAUCAAUCUUAAAAUAUUCUCAACACGCGUCGUAAAUUUAACACUCGUUGAUUUACCUGGUAUAACUAAAGUGCCUGUUGGUGAUCAACCAGAAGACAUAGAAGCACAAAUUAAAGACUUGGUUUUAAAGUUUAUUGAUAAUCCGAAUUCUAUCAUUUUGGCGGUGACCGCCGCAAACACCGAUAUGGCGACAAGUGAAGCGUUAAAAUUGGCUAAAGAAUGUGAUCCCGAUGGUCGGCGCACCUUAGCCGUGGUUACAAAACUCGAUCUCAUGGACGCUGGCACCGACGCUAUUGACAUAUUAUGUGGCCGAGUAAUACCAGUAAAACUAGGAAUUAUUGGUGUGGUAAAUCGUUCGCAACAGGAUAUUAUUGAUAAAAAACAAAUUGACGAUCAACUUAAAGACGAAGCGGCGUUUUUGCAAAGGAAAUAUCCUACAUUAGCUACUCGUAAUGGCACACCUUACUUAGCAAAAACUUUAAAUCGUUUGCUUAUGCAUCACAUACGCGACUGCUUACCAGAUCUGAAAACUCGUGUCAACGUAAUGUCAUCACAAUUUCAAUCUCUAUUACACUCUUAUGGCGAAGACGUUUCGGACAAAAGUCAGACACUACUACAAAUCAUAACCAAAUUUGCUAGUGCCUACAAUUCCACCAUUGAAGGUACCGCGCGCAAUAUUGAAACAACCGAACUUUGUGGUGGUGCGCGCAUUUGUUAUAUUUUUCAUGAGACAUUUGGUCGCACACUUGAUUCCAUACAUCCAUUAUCCGGAUUAAGUAAAAUGGACAUAUUGACAGCUAUACGCAAUGCGACUGGUCCGCGGCCGGCACUUUUCGUACCCGAGGUUUCGUUUGAAUUGCUGGUGAAACGGCAAAUACGACGCUUGGAGGAGCCUUCAUUGCGUUGCGUAGAGUUAAUACACGAGGAAAUGCAACGCAUUGUACAGCAUUGUGGCAAUGAAGUACAACAGGAAAUGCUGCGAUUCCCGAAAUUACACGAGAAAAUUGUUGAUGUGGUUACGCAACUUCUUCGACGACGUCUGCCCGCCACCAAUGUAAUGGUUGAAAAUCUGGUAGCUAUCGAAUUGGCUUAUAUUAAUACCAAGCACCCCGACUUUCAUAAGGAUGCUGCAUUAGUUCCCAGUCUACUAAAGGCAGAUAAUAUCAUUGAGCCAUUCAGUCAUUUGAGUGCGCAAGUUCAACGACGCACCAAUACAACACCACGCAAUUCCAAUUCGUCACCACAAGUGUCAGCACCGCAUCAACAACAGCAGCAGCAACAGCAACAACAAAAUGAUACUCAAGAACAAAAUCAUAUUGGUGAAAAUGCCGUGGGUAAUAGUUGGUUAUCUACAAUUUUACCUCCGGCACCGUCUACUUCACCGGCGGUUAGAGCGCCAGAAAGCUUCGAUAAUUCUGCAAGUAAUACUCCUUUACAUAAUCAUAUUUCGAGUCCUUUAAAACCAGUUAACUUAUUGCCCGAUAUGCCAGUUCAACAUGGUUCAAGACGCUUAACUGAUAAGGAACAAAAAGAUUGUGAUGUUAUUGAACGCUUAAUUAAGUCAUAUUUCUACAUUGUGCGCAAAUCCAUUCAGGAUUCAGUACCAAAAGCUAUAAUGCAUUUCUUAGUUAAUUACGUUAAGGAUAACUUACAAAGCGAACUAGUCACACAUUUGUAUAAGUCGGAGAGGGCAGAAACUUUACUCAACGAAUCUGACCAUAUUGCGGUGCGACGAAAAGAGGCGGCUGAUAUGUUGAAGGCGCUUACCAGGGCAAACCACAUAAUAAGCGAAAUUCGCGAAACGCAUAUGUGGUAAAGAGACAUUUUGGUGAUAUGGCUAAUGCGACUUUGAAAAUGUAUUUCAAAUACAACAUGUCGUCAUUAGAGCUUCGUCACCAGUUGGUGAUUUGUAUUUUUCAUUAAAGCUGCAUUCAUAAAUAAUAUAUAUAUAUACAUAUGUUCAUUGUCAAGUUUAUUUUUUAUUAUUCACUUCAAAUUUACUUUACCAAUUCUACAAUUUCUCAUUUACGCAAAACAACAGACAAAAUCAAAAAGAGAACGCAUGCAUAAUUUUUUAGUUCACAAAAGAAUUAGUGUUGCAUAAAAUAUUAAAUAGCAUCAGUGCUGUCAAUUGCAUAUACAUAUAGUAUAUGUUUCGGUGAUUUUUUAAAAAGGCUACUAUAUGCACUGAUAGGAAAUGUAAUAACAUAAAAUUUUUAAAUAUUAAAUUCAGCGAGCUAUUGCAUUUCAUUCUACUUCAAACCAAAAAAAUAUAUAUAAAUAAACAA